AUGGCUCUGCGGGGCCUGGCAGCCUCGGGGCCCGGCUCCCGCGGGCCGUUGGACGAGGCGGUGGCGGCGGCCGAGGAGCGCGGGGCACCGGCCAUGGUGGUGGCGGCGGGAGGCACGCCGGAGGACGACGAAGAGGAUGAGGGCCGCGGCCGGGGCCUGCUGCGCUGGGACGGCUUCUCGGCCUGGCUGCACUGCGUGUGUGUGGUGGGCUUCGACCUGGAGCUGGGCCAAGCCGUGGAGGUAAUUUAUCCUCAACAUUCCAAGCUUACUGAUAAAGAAAAAACCAAUAUUUGCUAUUUGUCUUUUCCAGAUUCAAAUUCAGGUUGUCUUGGAGAUACCCAGUUUUGUUUUAGAUUUCGACAAUCUUCUGGGAGGAGAGUGUCACUGCAUUGUCUCCUGGAUCAUUAUGACAAAGAUUUACCAGUUUACUUAAAGAAGGAUCCUGCUUAUUUUUACGGAUAUGUGUAUUUCCGACAAGUUCGAGAUAAAAGUCUAAAAAGAGGCUACUUCCAGAAGUCCUUGGUUUUGAUCAGCAAACUACCUUAUAUUCAUUUUUUUCACACUGUGCUCAAACAGAUAGCACCAGAAUAUUUUGAAAAGAGUGAACCUUAUUUGGAAGCAGCUUGUAAUGAUGUUGACCGAUGGCCUGCCCCAGUGCCAGGGAAGACAUUACACCUGCCUAUUAUGGGGGUUGUAAUGAAGGUACGGAUUCCCACAUGUCAUGACAAGCCUGGGACAACUCAAAUAGCACAGUUAACUCAGCAGGCAGACACACAUAUAUCUGUUAUUUUACCUACUGUUCAUGAGGUGGAUCUUUUCAGGUGUUUCUGCCCGGUUUUCCUUCAUAGUCAGAUGCUUUGGGAGCUGGUCCUGUUGGGGGAGCCCCUUGUGGUCAUGGCACCAUCACCAUCAGAGUCAUCAGAGACUGUAUUGGCACUUACUAACUGUAUUUCUCCAUUAAAGUACUUCAGCGACUUCCGACCUUAUUUCACAAUUCAUGACAGUGAAUUCAAAGAAUAUACUACUCGUACUCAAGCCCCGCCUUCAGUCAUAUUAGGAGUAACCAACCCUUUUUUUGCAAAAACACUCCAGCACUGGCCGCACAUUAUUCGAAUAGGAGACCUUAAACCUGCAGGUGAAAUUCCUAAGCAGGUUAAAGUGAAAAAAUUGAAGAACCUAAAGACCCUGGAUUCUAAACCUGGAGUUUAUACUUCUUAUAAGCCAUAUCUAAGUAGAGAUGAAGAGAUCAUAAAACAAUUACAGAAGGGUAUACAACAGAAACGUCCUUCUGAGGCUCAAAGUGUUAUUCUCCGACGCUAUUUUUUGGAACUGACACAAAGCUUCAUCAUUCCAUUAGAAAGAUAUGUGGCAAGCUUGAUGCCUUUGCAGAAAAGUAUCUCUCCAUGGAAGAGUCCACCCCAAUUAAGACAGUUCCUUCCAGAAGAAUUUAUGAAGACACUUGAGAAAACAGGACCUCAGCUGACCUCUAGAAUAAAAGGCGAUUGGAUUGGACUUUACCGGCAUUUUCUAAAAUCUCCAAAUUUUGAUGGUUGGUUCAAGACCCGGCGGAAGGAAAUGACCCAGAAAUUGGAGGCACUCCAUUUAGAAGCUCUUUGCGAAGAGGAUUUACUUCUCUGGACCCAGAAACACACAGAAGUAGAAACAGUAGACCUUGUAUUGAAGCUAAAAAAUAAGCUGUUGCAGGCUGAUCGAGAGCAUUUACCUGUGAAACCUGACACUAUGGAAAAGUUACGGACACACAUAGAUGCAAUUAUCUUAGCAUUGCCAGAGGACCUACAAGGCAUACUGCUCAAAACGGGCAUGACAUGACAUUUGCUAGGAUUUUCCAGCCAAAAAGGAUUGUGCACCGUGAAACAUACUGACAUUUCAGCCCAACGCACAAAGGAGAUGUCUCAGCGUGGAAAAUAGCCGUGAAUGCUAGCUACAGGAUGGAAAGACUAUACUGACUAAACAGACCUUUUUAGUGCAUUAUUUUUAAAAAUGGCUAUCUGUGGUGGUUCCACUUUAAUACUGAAACACCGAAAGGCAUUUCUAUAUUUUUAAUCAUGUUCUAAAGUGCUCUUAUGAGAGACCUGUGGGGCCAUUAGUGUAAGUGAUUCCAAACUGCAGUGCUGGCAUUGCAGAUAUUUUUUUAAAUUGGUGCUGCUCUGCCCAAUCAUGUUAAAACUCAGGGGGAUAUAAAAAUAACAUUCACACUGGCUAGCUUCUUAAGAAGAAGAAGACUGAUCUGUCCGAUGGUAGUUAGAAGUAAUUAAUGCUUUUGUAGUGCCUUCUGUUGUCCUACAUGUUUCACAAAGCUCAGCUGCUAGUCUUGAAGCUUUUUCUUAACUUGAUUAUGAUACGCAAUUUUAUAAGGCAUUCUUCUGAGUAAUCACUGCUUAAAGAUACCUUUCUUGCCUCCCAUCAUGUUUAUUAGUAGUGCUCUGGUGUGGUUUGUUUUUUUUUUUUUUAGUUGUCAUGUAGAUUUCAUUUCAUUAUAUUCUAUAUCAUUUCAAGUUUAAUCUUACCAGUUUUUCCAAAGGCAAGAAAGAAUCUAAUAUUAAUUAUGGAAGAGUUUAUUUCUUCUUACCAUUUACUAGUUGAACC